GUUCAGAAUGUUCACCACCUUAUUUGCUUUGUUUAUUAUCCACAUGUCCUUCAUUUCCUCAACCAUCAUCUUCAAUCUUCACCCUCAGUCUCCAAAUAAUGCCUUAAGCUGAAAAAAUUAUGUUAUAAUAUUCUUUUUAAACGAAACAAAAAAAGCACAACAAAUAUUUGAUGAAAUGGCUGAUCUCUUCUCCAGAAGCUUCCAGUGCCUCGUGGUUCCAAGCUGCAAUCUUCCCCAAAAAUCUUCGGAAAGGCUUCGAAUUUCAGCUCCAAUUCCACUUCCCAAACGAUCUCUCAGAGUUACCCACCAUACCCAUGUGCUUGCCAAUUCCACUUCACCCUCAAGCUCUUCUUCAAACUCUGUUCCUGAAGAAGUUGACAUUCUCUCUUCAACUGAGUGUUCCGAUGGAAGUGUUGUGUUCCAAUUUGCCAAUGCUAGUGAGGUUAGAAAAAGGAUGGCUGAGUUGGAGCAAGAAAAACUAGCCAGGGAAGCUGUUGAGAAAGUUGGUGAAGCUGGUCCAGCUUUGUUGAGUGAAGGUGUUGAAAAAUUAAACACUGAGAUUGAUCAUAAUCUAGUGGAGGAAAUUGAAUCUUCUUCAACUGUAGUAGUUAGUGUUGCUAAUCGAAAUCUUCAGCUUGCCGUAAAUGAAGAGGAGAGUAACGUGCUUUAUAAUGUCUCUAAGGCAGCUGUGAUCAGUGACGAAAAUGAAAUUGAUGGGAAUUUGAUGUUGGAUUCAGGAGAGGAUGUUCAGCAUGGAAUUUCAAGUGAAGAUGUUGCUGCUGAGGGUAAUGAUGUGCCAAGCUUGUCUGAGGAAGAUUCUGAAACUGACAAUCAGAAAGAAGUAGUUUCUACAGUUACCCCUGAGUCACGUAUCAUCCCUGGUCUGAACAGUCAUGCUUCUGGUGAAGUUGAAGAAGUGAAAGAAGUUGACAAGGGUCAUGGUGUAGAUAGAGCAAUAAACAGCGCGACUGAUGGCAAUGCUGCUGAUAUAAAUGAACCUAUAUCAGUAUCCAGUUCUUUAGAGCUAGAGCAAGAACAAGUUGCUGACAACAAAGAAAUAACUCAUGAAAUUGUGGAAGUAGAUGGAGUAGCAAACAACCUGACUGGUGACAUCGAUGUGGAUGCCAAUUCUAGUGAGUUGAUGCCAGUAUCCACUUCUUUAGAGCCUGAACAAGUUGCCAAUGACAAAGAAACAACUCACCACAUUGCGGAUGUAGAUAGAGAAGAAGAGAGCCUUGCUGCUGGUGUUGAUAAUGUUAUCAGUGAAUUGGUGUCAGUAUCCACUUCUUUAGAGCCUGAACAAGUUGUUGAUGAUGAAGAAAUGGCUCACCAUGUUGUGGACGUAGAUAAAGCAGCAAACAGCCUUGCUGCAGGUGUUCAUUCUGAUAAUGUCGAUGUAGAUAAAGCAGCAAUCAGCCUCACUGCUGAUGUUGAUUCUGAUAUUGGUGAAUUGAUUCCAGUAUCUUCGGAAUCUGAAAAAGUUGCUGUUGAGGAAACAACUAACCAUAUUGUGGAAGAGCCAUUUGAUGAAAGUAAAAUGGAAAAAUCAGUCACGUUACAUGACUCAGUUGCAACACCGGAUUUGGAAAACAAAGCAGAUGUGGGAAGUAUGGGAAGAAAUGAUUAUGAAAACCCAUCACUUCCUACUGGACCAGAGACACAUUAUGUUGAGACAGCUAGUCAUGGGAGAAAAAGUUCCACAACAGAGUUUUGCUUAAUUUCCGGUGCUGCUUGCUUGCCUCAUCCCUCUAAGGCAUCAACAGGUCGAGAAGAUGCGUAUUUUAUUUCUCACUCAAAUUGGCUAGGUGUGGCUGAUGGAGUUAGUGAUUGGUCACUUCAAGGUAGUAAUGCUGGACAUUAUAUCAGGGAACUCAUGGAAAAGUGCAAAAAUAUCGUGUCGGAUCAUGAAAACCUUUCAACAAUGAAACCUGCAGAAGUUAUCACCAGUUGUGCUGCUGAAACCCAAAAGUCAGGAUCAUCUGCUAUUCUGGUUGCUCAUUUUGAUGGUCAGGCCUUUCAUGCAGCCAAUGUUGGGAACACUGGAUUUAUGGUAAUAAGAGAUGGUUGCAUCUUUAAGAAAUCAACUCCCAUGUUCCAUGAGUUCAGUUUUCCGUUACAAAUAGUUACAGGCGAAGAUCCAUCAGAAAUCAUUGAGGGGUACAAGAUCGAUGUAAAUGAUGGUGAUGUGAUUAUAACUGCAAGUAAUGGUCUUUUUGACAAUCUUUAUGAUCAAGAAAUAGCAUCAGUUGUAUCAAAGUCACUACAAGCUAACUUGAAACCUCAGGAAAUAGCAGAAUUGUUGGCCAUGAGAGCACAGGAAGUUGGAAGAUCAUCUUUUGCCAGAAGUCCUUUUGGCGAUGCGGCGCAGGCUGCAGGGUACGUGGGAUACACCGGCGGCAAGCUUGAUGAUGUAACUGUUAUAGUCUCGUCAGUUAAAACUACUCCGAUUGAUAGAUAGAGAUAGGUUCUUUAUUUAUAUUUCCUCUGUAAAUAAAUGCAAUCAUUUUUGUAAAUUUAUCUCUAUCACCAUGCUGGUGAGUCGUGACACUGCAUAUAAAUUUCCUUCUAUAACCAUGGUCAUGACAUGAUCCUUUUUUAUUCAUAUUAAUU